GUCAUAUCACAGCACGAAACGCUUCGCAGGUUCCAUAAAGGAGUCAGGACCCUCAACGAGGUGGUAUUUUAGGGUUUCGUUUUUGAAGGGGCUUGCACACUCUGGGCGCAAUAUUGAAUGAGCUUCAAGUUCAAGCUGCAAGCAACUUCAGAGCAAAGUUUGCCAGGAUUGAAAGCUCCUCAGCUCAGCCAUUCCUUCCUGAAUUCAGAGCUCAGCAAACAAGGAGGGAAGGCGCAAUGCUCACGAGAGCGCAAUGCUAAACGCCUUCGCAACUGACCAUAUACCUAGUCUUCUAGUCUUGAAGUGAGCUGAUGUCAGGCGGUCCCACGCAGGGUUCCUGCUCACUCAGAGAGUGUUACUGGUGUGUAGCAGCAGAAGCCAAAAGACUCAAAGGUGCCAGGUGCAGACAGGAGGAUCAUUGGUAAAGAAAGAUGCAAGCUCGCAAAGCAUGUUUUCCAUGGAAAAAGGCGUACAUCUGGCAGAUCCCACGAAGACGUCGAUCUACUUUGCCUUCAUGCAGUUGCAUGCAGGUCUUCAAGCAAAGUGAAUAGGCCUACAUGCAAGGUAGACGAACAGGACGACAAGCUGCGCAGAUUGAUAUCGGUUCUGGGCCAGUGCUGCUCUCCCGGUUGAGCUUUUGAAGGGCGCAAGGCCUCUGUCUUCUGUUACGGCGCGACGGGAGCGGGGAAGGUGCAUACAAUGCUGGAGAGCACGUGCGAUCUGGGCGUCAUGGUCCUGGCCAUCCAGAAACUGUCGCUGAUUGACCUGGGGAGAAUCAGCGCGCUCGCAAUGUACGUGCGCACGGUGCGCAAUCUCGAGCCCACGGAUAUUUACAAGAGCCUGUUUGCGCUGCGCAGCUGCAUCCGCGCGCUGGUCGAUGGGAAGGGCCACGUGUCCUAUAGCAAUAGCAAGCUCAUCGUCAGCUGCUCAAGGAAUCUUUGGGAGGCGCGUGUCAGACCGCUCUUAUUGUCGACAUGA